AUGCGCAGUCGCUCUGUUGUCGGGCCGCGAACGAUGCGGAUGCAGCGAACGCGGUGGGGUAAGCGGUCCGACGACGUCAAGCGGGAGCCCGAGGCAGGGCAGGGCAGGGCGAGCAGAGGCGGGCGGCGUGGAUUGAAGGGAAAACAGCUUGGCCUCGACGGUUACCCCUCGCUGGCUUGGGUGUCGCAGGCGCGUGCUGAUGGAAAUGGAGCGUUCGAGUCGGGUCGGCCGCGACGCAGCGGCUGUGGGGGAGGGCGGAUAGGAGAGACGGCAGGUUAUAGGACGGAGCCGUGCCGGGGGGGACGCGAGCUGCAGCAGGGACAGCAGGGGUGGGUUGACAGGCAGUGGCUGCGGCGAUCGGGCCUCGACGCUGUGCUGCACUCGACCCUCGCGGCCUUGAGUUUUAAGGAGAGACUAGACUGGCAGGGCUCGCGGGCUCAAUCGGCUAUUCGCAGCACCGGGCAACCAGCGCGUGUGGUUGUGCGGGGAGCUUCGAGGUUGGCGUCGUCUGCCGCAGCGGUGAGCUGGUGA